UAAACGACAGACUCAAACUGUUUACGCUUCGUCAGCUAUAGUCAACUCACAUGGUACAGCGUACAGACUGACUACUGUGACCAGCAGCGCAAUAAACACGUUAGCAUCGAUCACAAAAAGCGCAAAGUAAACCAACAGCAGGCUAGCCUAGGAAAUUCCGGAAUCUACUCUGGUUAAAAUGCCAAAACUGAAGCGCACAUUGUGAAACAAUCCUAAGAUGUCCGGCCACGGACGAUCAGUCUUUGCGAAUUCCUGCAUCAAGAAGCCUUUGAGUCCGAGAACUAAACAUCCUAAUCCGUCGUAUCUGAUUCCACAGUGUAGCUUGGAUCGCGGUCAAGAUGACCCCCAGGCCCAAGAUAAUCUGAACAUGAUAACUCGAAAAAAGGCCAACAGCAAGUGUCCCCUGGCCAGGACAGGUCAUCAACGACGUACCAAGUGUUGCUCAAUCACGCACCAGCUUAGAAAAGAAACCGAUAACUUCCAAUCCUUGGUUAAGUUCUACGAUAGUAUUCCGGAUUAUGAAGACCUGCACCAUCUGCCCAACGAUGAAUUCUACUGCAAACUUAAUACACUUCGUAAGAAGCAACACGAGUUGAGAUUUACUUGUUCAAAUGGCUACGAGAACAGGUGCGUCAGAAGAGAAAACAAACCUUCUGUUCAACCUGUCGAGCAAACUGUAGACAAUGAAUCCCUCCACUCGUGGAGUAAAUCUCCGCCUGCAACCACAGGAAUCCUUAACGGAGCACGGAAGGGAUCCGCCAAAUCGGUUCGUAUUGAAACAACCAAAGAAGACAACGAAUCAGAGGGUAGAACCUCUCGCAGGAAAUUCCGUGCUGGUACGCCCUUUGUUUCCGACCACGAGGACAGUACCAAGAACGCCUCGACAUGUACCACACCCGUCAAUUCGGAUUUCGUCGAACGCUAUGAUCGAUACGUAAAACGAAACUUACGUUGCAAAUCGGCUUCCCCAAUUCGAGACUAUUCGAAAAUCACGGUUCCUCAGCCGUACAAAAUGACUCAACGAGAAGAGGAGGAGCGAACACUACAAGAGCUGCUCAUUGCGAGCAAGAAUGCAUUUUCCUCGAAGGAAACUCUCAAUAAACCGAUUCCUAAUACCAUAAAAGCCAAUCCGAUUCCGAUAACUUCGCGUAUUCCUUUGUUCAACACCAUCAUGGCUGAUCAGGAAUACCGCAAUCAAUUGGCCAAACUCAACUCAGAGAUCGAGCUGCAGUCGCAGAUCAAACCGUUUCACUUCAGCGAACGUCUCAACCGUCCGAAUAACCGCUGCUUAAGCCGUAGUCUCUCGUCUCCGGCACUCCUCACUACCGGUUUCGAAACAGAGCACAAACCAACCACCUUCAAAGCGAAACCAUGCCCCAAGAACCUGUUCAGCAACUAUUUCUACUUCAAGAUGUGGGAAGAGGACUACUUCCGCAACAUGACCAAACGUAUCCGGGCCGAAGAGUUGAUGAAGCAAUCGCACUUACCUCCGUCGAUGGCCCGCCGAGACAAGCAGCUACGCAAGAACAGCGCAUUACUUCGUAGCAUGGAGGAUGAUGCCUCACCGAAGAAGAGCAAGCGAAAACAGCGCAAGUCGAAGCGAAGCGCAAAGCGGAAGAAAAGCGUCGAAGAGAAAUGCGCCAACUACUUCGCCAGCGUGGGCAACGUGUUCGGGCAGCCAACGUCGCCGUCGCAGCCGAAGGCGUCAGCUAAGCUUCUGUAUCCAUCGAGUAACUCGAGCUACAGUACAACGGUGGAUGCUCAUCCACCUAGCAGUAAUCCGGCGCCCAUCUAUCCGGUGAACAGGCCAAACCUAGCCGCAACACUACGCACCGAGUGGUGCCGAAAGAAGCUGCGCGAGCUCAAUCUAGAGGACAGUGUGAGCAUAAAGAAGUCGCCACGGUUCCAUUGGGGCGUUAAGCGAUCGCAAGCCUUUCAGAACCUGAAUUUGGAUCAAACUCACCAGGAGGAGCUGAACCUCCGUCUGGCGACGCGUCGAGCAGAGCAGAAGCUGCGACAGGAGGAGCACGCUGUCAACAUGGAGCUGAUGAGACAGCGAGUGAAGGCAGCGCCGCUCUUGUUGGAAGGACCACCACAGUGGGGGCCUCGAUUGGGCCACGUGGCACAUCGUUGUAUGACCGGCGACAAAGACCUAGAUCCACUCUUUCGCAAGACUACGCUGGAGAAGAGCGUUGCGAAAGGUGGAAAGAAGGGAUCGAAGAAGCGUGAAUCGUCUGGCUGUGGAAGAGCAGCUAGUGGACAUCAGCAUCAAGAUCCAGCCUAUCGUUUGAGCGAUAAACAUCGAAGUUUGAGUGGAAGCAAACUCAGCAAUUACUCGGUGGAUUCGUUUGGUAAAAGUAGUUCAAAGUUCUGCGACAGCGAAGUACUGGAAAGCUUUGCUGACGAUGUAUAAAUAGCAUUAAGCAGCAUUUCCGGUGUGUGAACAAUCAGAUCUUUGUGUUGUUGGAUAAACAUAGGUUAGUAUGAGGUUUCGUUGAUUGUAUAAAAUUCUUCGGAAAUCCGUGUCUGAACUUCGUUUGUAAUUUGUUAUGGGUACAGCUUUCCGAAGAAUGCUAUAGAAUCGUCUUGUUUAUGUAGUCGUGCAGUAUUUAUGUCUGUGUAAAACAGUAAAACGCGUGUCACCAGAAUCAAAUAG